AUGCUAACAAGAAGCAGGCAGCGACCACGCCCACAAGCUACCAUUAGCAAACAAACACCACAGAAAGCUGCUCGACUUCACGGACCGUCUGAUCAAUCCGCAGAGCGACUGUCAAAACCUUUCAAAUGUCCAGGACAAGCCAGAACUACCAUCGCUUCCGACCGACCCAGUAGGAAGCGUCGCAAGGUAGACUAUGCAGGUGCCGAUGGAUCUGUUGACGACGACUACAAUAGACCAUGGACUACCGAGGAACGACUCGCCCUUGCGAAUCGCGAUGUCAACAAAUUUGGUAUAUUCAAGGUCAAAGAUAAGGAAGUCACUAUUAAACAACGGUUUUCGGUUCCGUUAAUGAACAAGAACUCUGGUGCAUACGACCCUUCGAGACCCGCACCGACCUUGGGAAUGCGACGAGGAGCUACUUUUGUUGUCAAGCCUCUACAUGAUCCGAGUGGAGAAUUUGCUAUUGUUCUAUACGAUCCCACUGUCGAUGAUAAGCCUGUCAAGAAAAUAACAGAGACGGAACCCACGGCGGAAGAGCCGCCAAAAUUGGAUGAGCCACUGGUUCAUAAAAGUUUGGCUGAUAUAUUGGGAUUAAAGAAGCAGGUCGAAGAUCGUCCAAAAGUCCCUGUGGUUAUCGAUCCUAGACUCUCAAAGAUCCUCCGACCUCAUCAGAUUGAGGGAGUAAAGUUUCUUUAUCGAUGUACCACCGGAAUGAUUGACGAAAAUGCGAACGGAUGCAUCAUGGCAGAUGAAAUGGGACUUGGAAAGACGCUUCAAUGCAUCUCCUUGAUGUGGACCCUUCUCAAACAGUCGCCAGAAGCUGGAAAAACGACUGUGCAGAAAUGCGUCAUAGCCUGUCCCUCGACCCUGGUCCGUAACUGGGCUAACGAACUAGUCAAAUGGUUGGGCCCUGAUGCCGUGACACCGUUUGUGAUUGACGGCAAAGCCACCAAGGCCGAAUUAUCAAGUCAGCUAAAACAAUGGGCUAUCGCUUCGGGUCGUUCGGUUGUGCGUCCAGUACUGAUAGUAUCGUACGAAACGCUAAGGCUGAAUGUUGAAGAUCUCCGUGACACGCCAAUUGGUCUCUUGCUUUGCGAUGAAGGCCAUAGACUGAAGAACAAAGAGAGUUUAACCUGGAAAGAGCUCAAUAGUCUGAACGUCAGUCGCCGUGUCAUCCUUUCUGGUACUCCGAUCCAGAACGAUCUUUCUGAGUACUUUGCUCUUGUCCACUUUGCGAACCCGAACUUGCUGGGAUCACAAAACGAAUUCAGAAAGAAGUUCGAAAUCCCCAUCCUAAGAGGCCGAGAUGCGGCAGCAAGUGAUGAAGACCGAAAGAAAGGAGAUGAACGCUUAUCGGAACUAUCUGCUAUUGUCAAUAAAUUCAUCAUCCGACGAACGAACGACAUCCUUUCAAAAUAUUUGCCAAUAAAAUAUGAACAUGUGGUAUUUUGCAACCUCAGCGAUUUCCAGACGAAUUUGUACAAUCACUUUUUGAGCAGUCCGGAAAUCCGAAGUCUUCUACGAGGAAAGGGAAGCCAGCCGCUAAAAGCCAUUGGCCUUUUGAAAAAAUUGUGCAACCAUCCGGACCUGCUUGAUCUUUCAAGGGAUCUCCCCGGCUGUGAGCAAUAUUUUCCAGACGAUUAUGUACCACCAGACGGCAGGGGUCGUGAUCGUGAUAUUAAAUCUUGGUACUCAGGCAAGAUGAUGGUGCUUGAUCGUAUGCUGGCACGUAUACGGCAGGAUACAAACGAUAAAAUUGUUUUGAUUAGUAACUACACACAAACUCUUGACCUUUUUGAGAAAUUAUGCCGUUCUCGUGCAUAUGGUUGCUUACGAUUGGACGGAACGAUGAAUGUGAAUAAACGACAAAAGUUGGUGGACAAAUUCAACGACCCGAACGGCGAGGAAUUUAUAUUCUUGCUGAGCAGCAAAGCUGGUGGUUGUGGUAUCAACUUGGUUGGAGCGAACAGAUUGGUUCUUUUUGACCCAGAUUGGAACCCAGCAGCGGACCAACAGGCGCUAGCCCGUGUCUGGCGUGAUGGCCAGAAGAAGGACUGCUUUGUUUACAGGUUUAUUGCGACAGGAUCUAUCGAAGAGAAGAUUUUCCAGCGACAGUCACACAAGCAAUCGUUAUCUUCUUGUGUUGUUGAUUCUGCCGAGGAUGUUGAACGUCAUUUCUCGCUAGAUUCGCUCCGAGAAUUAUUCCAGUUCAAACCGGACACACGCAGCGACACUCAUGACACAUUCAAAUGCAAGAGGUGCAGGCCGGAUGGAACCCAACACAUCAAAGCGCCUGCUAUCCUAUAUGGUGAUACAAGCACUUGGAACCACUUUGUCAAUGACGGUGAGAAAGGGCCAUUGGGCAAGAUACAAGAUUUACUACUAAGGCAGGAGACGACGGAGAAAGAUGUUUCCGCUGUGUUCCAAUUCAUUAGCAGUUGA